UAUAAUUAACAGCUCUUGUCCUCUAUGGACUUUAAUUGGGCUUAAAUGGCUUAGAUUCCUAAGCAGCCACCUUAAUGCACAUUCCUUUAAAACCCUUCUAACUGUGCUGGGAAACGGUUAUAGAACACCUAAAACUCCCCCUUCUAAGACCUCUCUGUGGACUAAACAGCAGAGAAAGAGGGAGACCUAUCUAUCCCUCCCUUCAUCACCUCCUCCUUUGAGCAGUCCAGGCAGGACAAACCGUGGGAGAGAAGGAGAAGAGGAGGAAAGAACAGUAGAGCUGGCGCCACCAUCCAUUGAACCUAUCCACCGCUUAAUUUCAUGUAAUCUGGGGGUUACUGUUGCUAGUGGGGACAUGGACACUUCUAUACCUGUGUUGGCUGCCGGGGACAAAGUGUGUGACAAGACGGUGUGCGAGGCACUGGGCCACUUCGAAGCCACACUGGCGGCGGCGGUGCGCGAGGUGCAUGUGGACGUGAGCGCCUUCAAGCGGGAUGUGGAGCGGCGGGUGGACGAGGUGUGCCGGGCACAGCGACCUCUGGCCGAGGCUCUUCAGCGGCUGACGCAGGAGAACCUGCAGCUCCGAAGCCAGCUGGAGGUGCUGGCCUGCCUGAUGGAGGGUCUGACGGGAAGAGUGGUGGACAGAAGCGCCCUCGAGGAGAGGGCCAGUAGGGGAUGGAUCCCCAUGACUUCUACCCAGGGGACGGUGAACAUAAGCCAGGGGAUCCCCUCCACCACGGUCCCCUCUGGACUGUCGGAGUCUGGUUCUUCUGGUCUUGGUUCUGAUGCCUCUAGUUCUACAUCAGCCUCUCUCUCCAUCAGGGAGCCAAUGGGGGAUACCAGCAUGUCUAAUGGACAUAAGGUUGUUGACCAAAUGGAAGAGAAAAAUGUUGCUGCUGUGUUGGAGAAUGGACAUGACAAAGAACAGAAGUCUGCUGGUCAUUCAUUAGUAGAUGUCACCUCACCCAAAGCAAAAUCGGAUUAUUUGUAUAAAUCUGAGGGCUCGUCAUUCGGCAAUCCUCAUCUUCCCUGCACUGCCAUGACCAAAACGGACUCCCCACUCGCCCCAAACCGCCAGCACAAUCUCCUGCUUUGGCCCAAAACAGAGACUUUGCCUAGACAACAUCAGGAAGUGAGGUCACCAGUCAGCAGUCAUGCAGCUCAGCAAGAGCACCCCACCCCUGUGUUUCUGGCCCCGUCCUAUGCCUCUGUCAGUGCCAUGAGCAAAACUAGCCCCGAGGUACCAACUGCACCAGCCCCAACUCAGUCCCCUGCCACCCCAUCUUGGGCCCCUGACGCCCCAACUCAGUCUCCUGCAGCCCCAACCAGGUCUUCUUUAGCCCCAAGUCAGUCUUCUGCUGCCCAAUCUCAGUCUCCUGCAGUCCCUCCAUCUCCUGCCCCCAAAACACCUAGACAAUCAGUAUUUGAGGAGACCAAACCCAAAGCAUCAGGAGAAUUUCCUUCCAAACGUAGUGAACGUGAAAAACUCCUACCACCCAGGAAAGUGCCUCCCCCUGGCACAGACAGGUUCAAGGCUGCAGGACCCAAACCCAAACUGCAGCACUCUCAGAGUUCCAACAGCGCCAGCAACAUCAAGGCAAUGCUCCUGGAAUGGUGCCACUCCAGAACCAUUGGCUACCAGAACAUAGACAUCCACAACUUCUCGUCCAGCUGGUGUGAUGGGAUGGCAUUCGCUGCCCUGGUCCACUCCUUUUUCCCCCUGGUGUUUGACUACAACACACUGAACCCUGCCAAUCGCAAACACAACUUUGAAGUGGCCUUCACCACAGCAGAGGAGCAAGCCGACUGUGUGCGUCUCAUAGAGGUGGAGGAUAUGAUGGUGAUGGGUAGCAGACCAGACCCUAUGUGUAUUUUCACCUACGUCCAGUCCCUCUACAACCACCUCAAGAAGUUUGAAUGACACUCCCAUGCAGAGAUGAGCACCCCUAUCAUCACCAGUUACAUUGACUCAUGUCGUCAGCAAACCAAAGCACUACUCCCUACUUUGUUCAAAUCUUGAUAACUGUAUAUGACAUUUGUGCCUGUAGAAUUCUAUUUGAAUUCAUAUGGUUUGGGGGAUUUAUUUUUCAGUAUUGGUAGUUUUACAAAGAUAUUUUUUGACUCCGAGCCAAAUGCUGGUUAUUUUCUAGUGGUAUGAUAUGGAUGCAUAUCAUAAAAGAAAUAGAACAAGAUCUAUAAAACAGUGUUUAUUAAGCAUGAAGCUAGCAAAACACCUGAAAGACAUACUUUAGGAGACAAUGCAAAUGAAAGGUGUAAAUUUAAAGAAAGGUGCCAGGAUCAAUGAUGUAACAUUGGUACCAGAGUGGCCAGAUCUGAGUUGGUGACUACGACUAUUGUGUUGUGGAGAAAUGAAUAACAUUGAUCUUUCCUAUGUGAAUAUAAGAAGAGGUUCAAAUACUCAACAAAAAUAUGAAACGCAUUUCUCCCGAGUGGCGCAGUGGUCUAAGGCACUGCAUGGUAGUGCUAGCUGUGCCACUAGAGAUUCUGGUUCGAGUUCAGGCUCUGUCGCAGCCGGCCGCAAUCGGGGCGGUGCACAAUUGGCCCAGCAUCGGCCGGUAGGGAUGUUCUUGUCCCAUCUUGCACUAGCGACUCCUGUGGCAUGCCAGGCGCAAUGCAUGCUGACACCGUCAACAGGUGUAUGGUUGGUGCGGCUAGCUUCUGGGUUAAGCCAGCGUUGUGUCAAGAAGCAGUGCGGCUUGACUGGGUUGUGUUUCGGAGGACGCACGGCUCUCGACCUUCGCCUCUCCCGAGUCCGUACGGGAGUUGCAGCGAUGGGACAAGACUAACUACCAAUUGGAUUCCACGAAAAAGGGGUAAAAACAAAUAAUUAUCAUACAAAAAAAUAUUAAACGCAACAAUUUCAAAGAUUUUAUUGACACCCCAUGAUGCAACAUAUAGCAUCAGAGGGGUUAGGUUGUUUGUCUUUUCUUGAAUACUAUUGGUCCAUUACCAUGUCAAUCAACUCUUGAAUAGCAACGUUGCUAACACCCCAGAUUUUGAUGCUAAUACAGUCGCUACAGUUCCAUUAGUUUUCAUUGCAACCCCAUUUGAAUGCGCUGUGUACGUAAUACCGUUAGAUAGCAGUAGUUAGCUAGGUUGGCUACAUUAACUCGUUAGCAAACAGGUUGUUUUCUGACUGCAGUUGAGGAAUCUCACUGCAUGGCAAGAUCAAAUUCCCAAUUACUCUUAUGUCACUGUAUCCAUUGUAUCAUACCAACUUUAUAUUUAGUCAGCUAGCUAGUUAAUUAAUUACAUAACAGCUAACUUAGCUAUCUAACUGUUAGCCCAAUAUUGGACAAGGAGCCUAACGCGGAACCCAAACCGGCUGCGCGUGUGCGCCAUCGUGCGCCAUUGUACGCCAUCGUACAUACAUUUAUUUUGUCCCCCUACACCAAACGCGAUCACAACACGUUACAUUAAUUUGGGAAGAGGUUGAAAAGCAUUAAACAUUUAUGGUAAUUUAGCUAGUUAGCUUGCACUUGCUAGCUAAUUUGCCCUAUUUAGCUAGCUUGCACUUGCUAGCUAAUUUGUCCUGGGAUAUAAACAUUGAGUUGUUAUUUUACCUGAAAUGCACAAGGUCCUCUACCCGAUAAUUUAUCCACACAUAAAACGGUCAACCGAAUCGUUUCUAGUCAUCUCUCCUCCUUCCAGGCUUUUUCAUCUUUGAACUUAUAUGGUGAUUGGCAUCUAAACUUUCAUAGUAUUACUACGGCAGCACAGUUCGUCUUUCAAUCACCCACGUGGGUAUAACCAAUGAGGAGAUGGCACGUGGGUACCUGCUUCUAUAAACCAAUGAAGAGACGGGAGAGGCAGGACUUGCAGCGCGAUCUGCUUCAUAAAUAGAAAGGAGUUCUAUUUUAGCACUUGGCAACGCAGACGCGCGCGAGCAGUGUGGGUGCAAUAAUGGAAUAACAUAGAUUUGGACAUUUAUUUUGCAACGCUCAUACAUGUGACGCGAGCGGUGUGGUCAGCCUAUACGAGACAAUUUAUGCUUGAUCCAAAAAUGUGGCCGGAGGCACUGUAUAGAUAGUGUUACGCAAUUGCGGAGGCACGCAGAGGCAAAAAAAGAGAUGCAUUUUAGUUUUAUCAAUUGUUUCAAAUAGUUACAAAAUCAGUUUUGUAUAAAGCAUGAACAUAUUGGUCUUAAAUUACUGUCAUUAUACAUUCAGUACUGCCUCGUUUGCAUAUUAUUGGACAAAACAUGUUGAAAUGAAGAAUCCAGACAGUUGACUAGGGAUUAAGGUUGACCAGUCCGCAACUUCAAGUCAAUCAUAUCCUCAUGAAAUGAAGUGUUCUGUGUUUCUGAGAAGCUUCUCUAUAACAUGAAAUACAUAGUAUAACACCAGACCCACAGUUUAAUUUUGACCCUGGCUCCAAUAUACUGUUACUGCUUAUGAAAAGCAUACAGUUCCUUGCUGUAUAAUUCUAAUGAUAGAGCUAAAUGUGCGCAAUUGUUUUGCAUGGAAUAAUCGGGAAUUUGUAGUUCUGACUAUGCUCUUCAAGAGGUGGUGAUAUUAAAACCAAAUAGUUCAAAUGUAUUUAACAAUCACUUGUUACCACCGGCUUAACCAAUGACGUUAAAAUGCCUAUUUACUGUGUUCCAUCUGACUGUGAAACGGUCUUAUCAGCCCAGCCAGGUAAUGUAUUGAUUCUCCACCAUAAAAAGCAUCUAGACGUUAUCUCACACUUCUUUUAGAAUAAUAUUUAGUUUUCAACAGCGGAGAUUUGUGUAAGCCUUGCUGUCUGUCUUUCCGACGUUUGCAACAUUGUUUCAAUAUUCAAAUUAGAUCUCCAGCUGUCCAACAGUAAUGAACGUGUCAGGUGUCAGGACGAGACAGACAGUCAGACAGCGUUUCUCAGCCAGUCAAAAGCAUGGUAUCAUUUUUAUGGAUAUAUACAAAGAAAUGUCAGUUGAAAAAAGGUCAAACGAAACAACAUGCAGUCAAAUGUGAUUGUGUUAGCUGUGUUGUUGGCUAUCUCCUCUGAGCAACAAGAGAGCACAUUUUCUAUGCCAGGCGAAAUCGUGCCUCAUUAGCUCAUUGUUAUGGAUGUAUCCACAUAAAUGUCACUAGAAAACAGCUUAAAACAAAUGCAAAGGCAGCUACUGCUGUUAUUCUAUCUGCACUGUUUGACGUGACUGUAAGUUACCCGUUGUUGGCUAGCUACCAAGCAAGGGAUAAGAACGUUGCCAGACAGUAUGGCAAUGGAACAUUUAGAACAAACGACUGGGUCGUGAACAUAGAUACAGAACAAAAAGACUGAACGACUGGGUCACGUCCAUAGAUACAGAACAAAAAGACUGAACGACUGGGUCGUGAACAUAGAUACAGAACAAAAAGACUGAAUGACUGGGUCGCAUCUCUGGCAACUGAACCGAUAGAAUGAAUGACCAGCUGGCUUGGGUUGCAACCCUAGAUUUGUGUCGGGACUAUAUCUUGUGGAAGGAUGAAAUAGUAUAAAUAAAUUCAUUUAAAAAAAAGUGAAAAUAUUUAAAUCAUCAUUUGAAUGCUGGUAGGUCCGACUUUGUCUAGGACCUUACAACACUCAUUCCAAUACAUCCUCCAAACACCAGCUUCGAGGGCAUUAUCACUUAAAUAAGUGUACAGUAACAUUGCUAACAACAAUAUUCUAGGCGGUGCUAGAGGAAGGCCCCAAAAAUUGUCAAAGACUCCAGUCACCCAAGUCAUAGACUGUCAUAGACUGUUCAAUCUGCUACCGCACGGCAAGCGCCAAGUCUAGGUCCAAAAAGCUCCAAAACAGCUUCUACCCCUUCCCCCACUUUGAUUUUACACUGCUGCAACUCUCUGUUUAUUAUCUAUGCAUAGUCACUUUAACUCUACCUACUGUACAAGUACAAAUGACCUCGACUAACCUGUACCCUCACACAUUGACUCAGUACAUGUAUAUAGCCUUGUUAUUGUUAUUUUAUUUGUGUUCAUUUUAUUUUAUUUUUUACUUCAGUAAAUAUAUUCUUAACUCAAUUUCUUGAACUGUAUUGUUGGUCAAGGGCUUGUAAGUAAGCAUUUCAGGGUAAGGUCUUCCUGUUGUAUUUGGUGCAUGUGACAAAUAAAAUGUUAUUUGUUAAGAGGCAA